AUGCUACCACUUGAUGUGAAUGUCCGCAAUAUGCCAAUUUUGACAUCAAAAAGGCUUCCUUCAAAUUGGACUGCUUGUGCCAAUGUCUCUCAACUACCAUCAAACCAAACAACCACCAUGAUCACUCUCUCUCAGCAACUUAACAAUUCAAAUUUAGGAUGGAAUGUUGCAAAACAGCCAAAUCCAUGUUUAUGGAAGGGAGUUACUUGCAGUAAGAGUUCCUUGAUAACGCAACUUUCUUUAUCUGGGUUUGCACUCUCUACAGAUAAGUUGCCUGUUGUUUGUGCGAUUAGUUCUUUGCAUUCACUUGAUCUUUCCAUCAACAAUUUGAGCUCAAUUUCUGAUUUUAUCAAAGACUGUGGAGCGAUUCAUGGGCUAAAGUCAUUGAAUUUGAGCAAGAAUUGGUAGUCUGGUAAUUUAACUAGCUUUUAUAGUUUUGUUGGAUUAGAGUUCUUGGAUUUAUCUUACAAUAGUAGACUGACUGGAGACAUUAGUUUACUGUUGGAUGAAUUAGUUAAUCUCAAAAGUUUGAAUCUUAGUCACACUUGUUUUGAAGGUUCUAUUCCUAGCCACCUUGGAAAAUCUAAGGCUUUAGAGCAACUUGUACUUUCUCGGAAUUCUUUUUAUGGUGAAAUACCUGAAAAAAUUGCAGAUUAUGGGAAUUUGACCUUUGUUGACUUUAGUGUCAAUUAUCUUUCGGGGUCUAUUCCUAAUAGAAUUGGAGAACUCACAAACCUGGGAGUUCUAAUUCUCUCUGAGAAUAAUUUAAAUGGUGGAAUUCCAACAAACCUUUUCAGUAUAUCAACCCUGUCGCGUUUUGCAGCCAAUCAUAACAAUUUUAGUGGUUCAAUUCCUGGUGGACUCACAAGAUAUGUGAAGAAUUUAGAUCUUAUUUACAAUAAGUUGACAGGGUCUAUUCUAGAAGACCUUUUGUCAUUUAAAAAUUUGCAGACGGUAGAUUUGUCUUAUACUUUGCUAGAGGGUUCAAUACCUGAUAAAAUGUCUCCAAGCUUGGUCAGGUUGAGAUUGAGAAGCAAUUCACUCAAUGGUGUGAUACCUUCGGCGAAUUUUGCAACUCUGAAAAAAUUGACUUGCUUGGAGCUGGACAACAAUAGCUUCACUGGAAUGAUGCCUCCAGAAUUGGGUGAUUGCCAAACUUUGACGCUGUUAAACUUGGCUCAGAAUAAACUGAAUGGUUCAUUGUCGGCACAAUUGGGUAAUCUCAGAAGUCUUCAAGUUAUGAAGCUUCAACUCAACAACCUGAGUGGAGACAUCCCUGUUCAGUUUUCCCUGCUAAAGAAUUUGUCUCAAUUAAACAUUAGCUGGAAUUCGCGGACUGGUUUAAUACCUUCUUCCUUUUCCAACCUGCAAGAGCUUACAAACUUGAGCUUACAACACAACUAUCUCAGUGGUUCCAUACCUGACUCUAUCAGGAACAUGAAUUCUUUGACAGAACUGCAACUUGGAGAAAAUCAGCUAAGUGGCCGAAUUCCAUCGUUGCCAGUUAAAUUGCAGAUUGCUUUGAAUCUGAUCAGCAAUCUCUUUGAAGGAUCCAUCCCACACAGCCUUUCUAGCCUGACUGGAUUGGAAGUUUUAGGUCUCUCAAACAACAAAUUGUCUGGUAAAAUUCCUGUUUUUUUUUUUACUCAAAUGCCAACCCUGACGCAGUUAAUUCUUUCUAAUAAUCAGUCGUCAGGAAUUGUUCCUAAGUUUACCCUCUUUGUUUCGGUCAAUAUAACUGGAAAUCCGAACCUCAUACCUGCACCAAACACUUUCCCGGAACUAGCAAAGAAAAAAAUGCCAGUUGCUGUUUCAAUAAUUACUGCCCUUGCCGCUGGUGUCCUUGCCGCUAGGGUAAUCAUAUUCAUUUAUCUAUCAAUUCCAAGAUGUUUCUAUUUUUUUUGGAUCAUCCUGAGCAAUUUUCUGACGGAAAAUGAAAUCCACAAAUCAAAUAUUUCCUUCACCAAAGCCAUGGAAACAAUAGCUAAUCCAUUGAACAUUUUCCUGAAAACGAAGUUCUCAACCUAUUACAAAUCCAUCAUGCCAUCCGGAAAGAGCUACUUCAUUAAGAAGCUGAACCGGAGUGAUAAGAUAUUCCAGAAUGAUAAAUUCGAGCAAGAGCUAGAGAUCAUAGGGAAGUUGAACCAUUCAAAUGUCAUGACUCCUUUGGCUUAUGCAUUGACUAAGGACAGUGCUUAUCUACUUUAUGAAUAUGCCCAAACAUGCACCCUUUUCGACAUUCUUCACGGUAUCAAUGGAAGUAGUAUGGAUUGGGAAAGCCGUUACAGUGUAGCAGUAGGAUUAGUCCAGGGUCUUGCUUUUUUGAAUGGAUGCACCUCUGGUCCAAUUCUCCUCCUUGAUCUUUCAAGUAAAAACAUUAUGCUUAAGUCAUUGAAAGAGCCACAACUUGGAGACAUUGAACUCUGCAAAGUGAUUGACCCCUCAAAGAGGAUUGGCAGUCUUUCCACGGUUGCUGGUUCUGUCGAUUAUAUUCCUCCAGAGUAUGCCUACACGAUGAGAGUGACUGCAACUGGGAACGUUUACAGCUUCGGAGUUAUUCUCCUGGAGUUGCUGACCGGAAAACCUCCAAUUAGCGAGGGUACUAAAUUAGCCAAGGUGGUGUUACACAACUGGGAACAUGACGAUAAAAGGGAUGAGAUAUUUGAUGUUAAUAUCAACGCAACUUCACUUGCCAUCAAAAUCCAGAUGCCUGCAGUCCCUGAGUUUGCCAUUGCUUGUGUAGUGUCUUACCAAGGAAGGCCAAAGAUGAAUGCUGUGCUACAGAUGCUACAAAAUGCUAACACAUUAACAUAA